GCCCGAGAGAUAGUAAAUAUGUGGUUUGUGAAAAAACUAGUAGUUGCAGAGUGACCUUCUAUAGUGUUUUGACCAAGCUGUGUAUAUUGCUUUAUCGUCUGUCAUGACCCGCAACGUGCCCGCGUUGCCAAGAAUGUGGAUGAACCGAGUAAGCAGAGGACGAACUAGCACGACGGCCCGCUCAUGUCAUGCUAUGAGUUUACAUGGACGUCAAAUCGCCAAGUGCCGCGCUUCCGUGGAGCGGCAGCGUUCCCCCCUGUAUCUCGCUACCGUCAUUUGCCAUUAUUUCUAUCGAAGCAUCGAAGAAUGCCAGCGGAAAGCGAGCUGCAUGAAGAGCGGAAAUUUCGACGGAUCACGACCCCACUGCGAGCUAAUCCGCGUCGAGCCUGAGCUCCCAGGAAUCCGUGUUUUGACAGCGUGAUGCUGAAACUUGGUGUUUAUUGCUGGCCCCAGCAGGCCAAGUCUAGGUCGUUUACGACUUUGGCGUGAUUGGCUGGACCCGCCGUGUUUCAUCCUUCCCAUGUGUGCCACCAGGCUGCACAAGCGCCACUACCCUUCUUAUAGCCUAGG